AUGAUUAGAGGUACUUAUUUCAUUAAUAAUGUUGAGUUAAUUUCUACUAUUGAUACUGGUGCUACUCAUUUGUUUAUUUCGCUUGGUUGUGCUACGAGGUUGGGUUUAAAAUUAUCUUCUAUGGUUGGGAGUAUGGUUAUCGUUACCCCCAUUAAUGGUUAUGUGACUACUGCUUUAGUCUGUUUGAGUUUUCCUUUGACCAUUUAUGGUAAGAAUUUUGCGAUGGACUUGGUUUGUCUACCUUUGCAUCAAAUCGAUAUUAUUCUUGGAAUGAACUGGUUAGAGUUCAACUAUGUUCAUAUCAACUGCUACAGCAAAACCGUGAGGUUCCUAGAGUUUGGUGAUUGUGGAAAGAUGAUGUUUUUAUCUGCUAAGCAAGUAGAAGAACUCUUAGAAGAUGAGACUCAGAUGUUUACAAUGUUUGCAUCAUUGCAAGUCGACAAUAAGAUCGCGGGUGUUGAUUUGCCUGUUGUGCGCAAUUUCCUAGAUAUAUUUCCAGAUGAUAUCAAUGACUUGCCACCGUAG